AUGCAACUUGCGGCAGUGAAAGCAACAACUCAAGAGGUAAGUUCUUAUAUUAACGCUAACAGCCUCUGCAUAAGUAAUAGAGGCUGCGAACCGACAUUUGUUAACUCUAGAAGUCAAACACUAAUAGACGUCACAAUAACUACGGCGUGUAUAUCUAAUCUAAUCCGGAAGUGGCAUGUGGCAGACCAGGUCCCAGUGUCAGAUCAUCGCUUGAUAAAUUUUGAUAUCAAUCUUAGUAAGACUCCUACCAAACUGUUUCGGGACCCUCGAGGAACUGACAAGGAAAGAUACCUAUGUCACCUCCGAGAGAACCUAAUAGCAGCACAAAAACAGGAGCCCAAGAAUGAUGAAGAAAUUGAGGUGUUUGCAAAUACAGUACAAUCUGUCACAAAAACAGCAUUUGAUGCUCUUAGGUCAGAGCAACAACCCGGUGGAACCACGAGUUGGUGGAACCGGGAGUUGAGCGACCUGAAGAGGAGUGCUAGGAGAUCAUUUAAUAAGGCAAAAGCUGCCAGACGAAACUCAGACUGGGAAAUAUAUAAGACCUACCUGAGACUUCUCAAGAAAUUAAUCCGAAAAAGACAAAGUGAUGCUUGGAGAACCUACUGUGAAGAGUGA